AUGGCCGACGAUGCUCCGCGUCCGCGUCCGCCGCCAAACCGACGCAGGGACAAAGUCCAGCUUUCCUGCGACCCCUGCAGGCACCGAAAGUUGAGGUGCGACAGACACCACCCAUGCGGAACUUGCUCAAGGCGUGGCCUUACCAACUCGUGCAAUUAUGCAACGUCAUCUUCCUCUACACCCGAUGCUCAUCGGCCCCAACAGUCAACCAGCCUCCAUGGCAGAAUAUCUGAACUCGAGAACCUUGUCGUGACGCUCAUGAAAGGUCAACAACUGCCAAGUCCGCCCGCACCGAAAUCGCCGAGACCAACCUCGCCAUCACUCACAGAUGUGUUGCCUGAGAUCCCAAAACCAAAGAAACCCCAAGAUGAAGCUCCAUCCCCGGCGGACCCUGGCACUCUAGAGGUGCGUGAGUCUGGAACCAGCUAUGUCCAGAGUGUCCAUUGGGAGGCCAUUCUUACCAAAAUCAGAGGACUCAGGGAGGACUUGGUCACCGAUAGCAAGGCUCCGCCUGGUUCGCACUUGUUCUAUGGUCCGAACCGUCAUGCGACUCGAGAUGAAAUACUGGCUGCUGUUCCUCCUCGCUCAGUUGUUGACCGCCUCAUGGCCCUUCACUUCGAUUCCUACAUUGUCACUCCGUAUCUCAUUCAUGGCAAGAAGUUUCUCCGCGAGUACGAAACUUUCUGGGAAGAUCCGUCUACAACUUCAAUCGCGUGGAUCGGUCUCAUGUUCUCCAUGUUAUAUAUUGCUGCACAGUUGCAGACCUUCGCCAUCGACUUCCCCGACGGACGAGCCGAAUCGCUCAAGGCGGAAUAUCUCACCAUGAAGGAUGGCUUCCGGGAGAAGGCCGUUCAGUGUCUUAUUCUGGCCAGGUAUACAACGGGAGGACCAUAUAUCCUGGAAACCCUCAUCACGGUCCUUACCGGAGAGUUCAUACUCUUGAAAGAUGGCGCUACCGAUGGCUGGCUUUCGAUCGGUAUGAUACUUCAUCUUGCAAUGCGCAUGGGCUAUCAUCGGGACCCAGAUCACUUUCCUGGAAUAUCUCCAUUCGAGUGUGAGAUGCGCAGACGCAUCUGGACUACAAUCCUUCAAUUGGAUCUCGUCAUCUCCUUAGAGAUGGGCCUUCCUCGAAGUGCCACAGAUACGCACAUUGAUACAAAAUCGCCCCGUAAUCUACGCGACUGUGAUUUUGACGAGGACACGACCGAGAUGCCUCCGCCGAGGCCAGAAACAGAAUGGACGCCGGUACUCCCUCUCAUUGCAAGAGGGCGACUGAUAACAGCUCUCGGCUUAAUUUGCGACCUCAACACCGAUAUUAAUCCUCCUUCCUACGACGAGGUCACCAAGAUCGACGCACUUCUCGAAGACGUGCACAAUCGUGCUAUUCCGCUCGUGCUGCGCUGGGAAACUAUGCCACACCCCAUCACGGAUAGCCCAACCGUGGUGGUCCAGCGGGUAAGUAUAGAAACGACCUACCGCAAAUCACGCAUCCUCCUGUACCGGAGAUCUUUGAUCAGCUACCCAGUUCGACACCCUCAAGAGCGGGACAAGGAAUCGGUGCGAAUCUGUUUAGAUUCGGCACUAAAGAUUCUAUCUUUUCAACAGAUGCUUCACGAAGAGUCUCAACCAUUUGGUCGUCUGUGUCAGCUUCGAUGGAAGGUCACACGUAUUUUCAACCAGGAUGUUCUCCUUGCAACGAGUGUACUCUGCCUCUACCUUCAAGACGUCGAUAAAUUUGAGACUGCAGGACAGACAGCUAGGGCUGAAGAGAUUCGACGGCAACUAACCAUCUCGCACAAGAUUUGGCUUCAGAUGAGUACGUCAUCUGCGGAAGCUGGGAAAGUAGCCAAAGCUCUGAGUAUCGUCCUUGGAAACACAGAAGCAUCCGUCGAGGACGAUAGCGGGCCCGGUUCUUACGACUUCCUGUCGGAUCUUGAUGCCAUACCUCUGAAUGAAUUUGGCGCAACGUUCAACAACCAAUGUGAGAAGCACAUCCGGUCAUGUCGAUUGCGACUAACAAAAGACUUGACAGAUUUUCCUUCCAGCUUCUGCUCUCCUCUUACCUUUUUUGAUAAUGUACUGGAAACUCGGGGGAUGUAG